GUUUGCCGCGACUUUCCGGGUGGCCAGGCGGGAGGUGGUUGUGUCCACUGUCGCUGUCAUGUCCGGCCGUGGCAAGCAGGGAGGCAAGGCCCGCGCCAAGGCCAAGUCGCGCUCUUCGCGCGCUGGCCUCCAGUUCCCGGUGGGCCGGGUUCACCGCCUGCUGCGCAAGGGCAACUACGCCGAGCGGGUGGGGGCCGGCGCGCCCGUCUACAUGGCGGCGGUGCUCGAGUACCUGACCGCCGAGAUCCUGGAGCUGGCUGGCAACGCGGCCCGCGACAACAAGAAGACGCGCAUCAUCCCCCGCCACCUCCAGCUGGCCAUCCGCAACGACGAGGAGCUGAACAAGCUGCUGGGCAAAGUGACCAUCGCCCAGGGCGGCGUCCUGCCCAACAUCCAGGCCGUGUUGCUCCCGAAGAAGACGGAGAGUCACCACAAGGCAAAGGGGAAGUGAAGUGGGGCAGGCGUCCGGUAGCCGCCCACUCCAGCCCGCGCGCCCCGAAGGGGGUGCCUGUGAAAUCAAAGGCUCUUUUCAGAGCCACCCACACCCUCAAGUGAAAGGAGUUGUUACAGUAACCGCCCCCGCCGCGUAGUCAGCGGUGGACCCGGAGGGGACCGACGGCCGGCCGGCGAGCGCGGGGAGAGCCCUUCGCCUUGUGCUCCCGGCCGUUCUCUCCGAGGCUUGAGCCUGUAACCUCUGCCGGCCCUUGCCGGGUGGGCCGUGAAUCUUGGAGCCCAGCACGGCGGGGACCGGACACUGCGCUCCGCGGGCAGCCCGGGUCAGUAACGCUAACGCCGCGGCGGUGGCUCCCACCAGUAUGUGACACCACUCCCCACCCCACACGUUCUCUCGGGCUCUUGAGGGACCCCCGUCCCCCAAAGGAGGCCCGGUAGUCCCUAGGGGGACGUAGUCACCAGCGCAAGCCCUGUCCGCUGCAGGCGAGCGCGGCGGGCCUGGGUCGCCUUGGCCUCCUGACUGAGCUGGCCUCGUUGACUUCUAAGUAGCGACGGAGCUACCCGCCUAGGCCUCCAGAGGCGGAAUCUGGCGCCCCGGAGAGGACACAACCCUCCCACCCGAGAAGCACGAA